AUGAAAUUUACAACAGCUUUCACCAUAGUCGGUGCAUUGUCAGCAUGGCUUGCAAAUGCAGCCGACGAUAACGAAACAGACCAUAGCGUUACCGAAAUCGAGCCAAAGUGCUUCAAGCAGAACUACUACAUCAACGCCGCUGGAGAUAUGAAGGACCUCCACGACUGCCAGAUCAUCUCUGGAAACAUCUUCGUCAAGGGCUACGACUCCGAUAGCCUGGAUCUGGGAUCUAUUUCCCAUAUUAAGGGAUCUCUGAGUAUUGCAAACGCCAGUAGCUUGUUGAGAAUCGAAGGAGUGGAGCUAUCUACUAUCGACGGAACGUUUGCUCUCGACACUCUGACGUCCUUGGCCUCUAUUUCUCUGCCUAAGUUGGAGAGUAUCGAUACCAUCUCGUGGAAAGUGCUCCCUAUUCUUAGCGCUGUGAAUCUGGAUAAGGGAAUCAAACACAUCAACUCUGUGGUGAUGAGUGACACCUCUUUGACGGGCUUUUCUGGAUUCAACGUGGAGUCCUUGAAAGUUCUCAACAUCAACAACAACAGAUUUCUGGAGAGAAUCGAUUCCUCGGUCAAGGAGAUCACCGACACUUUGCUGAUUACGGCCAACGCCAGAAACUUGCAGGUUUCUCUUCCUGAACUGACUUGGGCUCACACGAUCACCAUCAAGGACACCAACAACCUGAACUUGGACAGCUUGCAGGUUGUCGAGAACUCUGCCCAAUUCAUCAACAACAGAUUCAGCGACCUCAAGCUGCCUAAGCUCAAGUCGACUGGAACCACCUUGAGUGUGAUCAAUAAUAAAAACGUGAGGACCAUCGAGUUCCCAUCUCUGGCUGAAGUCGGAGGUGGACUGAUGAUCAUCGACAACGACUUGAUCACCAAGGUUGACUUCUUCCCUGUUCUGCGUGCUAUUGGAGGAGCCAUCGAGUUCCACGGAAACAUUGACGCCAGUGGCUUUAAGCAGCUCAAAGUUGUCAAGGGAAGCGCCAUUAUCAAAUCCACGUCUGCCGAGUUCGACUGCAACAAGUGGAUCAAGGAGGAAGUGAGCAACGUUGUCAGAGGAGGCAAGAUCGAGUGUGGUUCUGGCUCUUCUCGUUCCACAGAGGUUCUACUUGUCGACGAAUCUGGAGAUAUCACCAAAGGAACUCCGGGAGUCAACAGUGGAGUCGCAGAGCAGGAUAAAUCCAAAAAGACCGUUGUCAAGAGCGGAACUUCCGUUUCUUACAAGGUGGGUUUCUCUGCAAUUGUGACUGGUCUUGCAAUGUCGUGGUUGGCUAUCCAUCUUUAA